UCUGCAGCCACCAUGAACCGGCUUUGGAACAUCAGGCGCCUAGAUCCACUGCCGGGCCCCCCAAAGUGGGUCCCCGCUCUGGGAGCGCUGCAGAAGAUGCUGCAGAAGGGCGAGUACCUGCCCCUCCGCCCGCUGCCCAUGUUCGAGAGUAACUUUGUCCAGGUGACCAACCAAGGGGCCCCUGUAUAUGUGCACCACAAAACCAACCGUCUGACUAUGGGUGUGGCCGCCUCCCUGCCAGGCCUGGUGCUGCCAGACCUCCUGCUGAUCGCUCAGCCCCCUGAGGGCAGGGACUGCUCCAACCUUGUCCUCACCAGGAUGAUCCCGCUGGACCUGGUCCACCUGUAUGUUCACAACCUGUCUGCCUGGCGUCUGAAGCUGCGCCUGAUCACAGGCCGCUGCUACUACCUGGAGCUAGACGCCCCUGCUGGCGAGGUUGCCUUCUUGUUUGACCGCUGGAUCCGGCUUAUCAACCUGCUCCAGGAACCGGCCACCACCUGGGCCCCCAGGACCCUGCACACGCCCCCCACGGACCUGGCCCUGGUGGCACCUCCUGCCUCCACCUGGCGCCUCCAGGACCAGUCCCACACCAGACAUUCAGUCAUGACUGUUGAUCCCACAUUUCCUUACAAGAUGCUGACAUCUCAGAAACAUAAGAAAACAAAGACCUUCAAGCGCAGAUUUAAGUCCCAGGCUGUGGGUGACUCCCUGCCUCUCAUCUGGUCACACCUGGAGCAUGCUGACACUAGAAAGAAAUCCACAGAAAAAAAACUGCUUUUUUCCCUCCCAGAGAAGCCCAGCAUCACCAUCCGGACCAUCUAUAGCAUCAUUUCCGGCACCAUCAACCAAAUGCCAUCCUCUUUCAAGGACCAGUCCCACACCAGACAUUCAGUCAUGACUGUUGAUCCCACAUUUCCUUACAAGAUGCUGACAUCUCAGAAACAUAAGAAAACAAAGACCUUCAAGCGCAGAUUUAAGUCCCAGGCUGUGGGUGACUCCCUGCCUCUCAUCUGGUCACACCUGGAGCAUGCUGACACUAGAAAGAAAUCCACAGAAAAAAAUAUCUCAGAGGACAGCCAUGAUAUUUCCUUGCUGGGUUCCUUCAAUCACUUUGAUUCUUACCUGUGGCAACAGGACAUGGAAGACCUGAUGGACUCCAAAUCUAGCACCUCGUCCUCCAGCUUCCUCAGCCAGGCCACCUACUCUCCCAAUUUCAACCUGCCUGCUUCCUACUCCUCUGUGCCCAGGCGCAACGAAAAGGACAGAACCCUGGGCUCUGUGCAGAGGCUGCAGCCUCCACCCUCUCAGAAGACCCCCUCUGUUCCUGCCACCUCUUGGAAGGCUCCAUUUAUCCUUGACCAGGCCCAGAAGGUCUCAGCUGUACAUGCUCCGUCAAAGAAAGCCCCAGCUGGACCUGCUGCUCCCCAGAAGACCCCAAUUGUAGCUUCUGUUCCCCAGAAAGCCCCCACCAUAUCUGGCCCAUCUCGGAAGGACCUACCUUUAUCAGCUAUUUCCCACAAGGCCUCAGCUGCACCUGCCCCAUCUCAGAAGUCCACUGCUAUACCUGGGCCAUCCCGGGAGAUCCCACGUGUACUGGCUAUCCCCCAGAAGGCCACAGCAAUACCUGCCCCAUCUCAGAAGGCCCCAUCUGCACUUGCUCUUCCCCCAAAGGCCGUGUGCCCCCCUAUCCCAAACCAGAAACUUCUGUUCCUGCCUACCCCAUCCCAGAAGGCUCUGACCUCACCCAUCCAAUUCCAGGUGAUAUUGGACCCUGCUGAUUUUGGCAUGUUGUCCGUGGGAAGUCAUGGUGUGGAUGUGCUUGAGAAAAGUCAGCUUGAAGGGAAGCCAGAGUCAGUGGUGCUAGUGGGCGCCCAGAAGACAAAUGUCAGGGAGAUGAGGGCCCAGAAAAUGUCCCUGGAGUUGCCUUUCACCACCACCAUGGAGUCGAAGGAAGUUGUGAUCAGCAAAGCCCAGGAGAACACCCUGGAUGGCUUAAAGGAGAAGGGGAAGUUGGAGGACGAGGUCCAAAGGAUGAAGGAGGAGAAAUCCGGGGACAGGCCUGGCUUCAAGUCCAAGGAGAUGGGGCAGCAGAAGAAGUGGGUUGAGACCCAGGAGCUGGCCAUGGAGGUAGCGCCACAGGAACACAGCAGGCCCUUCUCCGUGGAGGGGCUCACCUUUGCCAAGCUGAUGAUCAUGGCCAACUCCAAGCAGCCACCCUUGAGACCAGAACUGGUCAGUCCGCCCUCCUGCCUCUUGACCACCCCAGGGUCUGCCAUGUCAAGGAUGAGCACGGAGCCCCUCAGACCCAGCCAGGUGUUGGAGGGGACACCGGUGGUGGUCAGGGAGCAGCCCUGGUUGGGCCCCUGGGCAAAGGGGAGCACAAGUCUAUGGGUGGAUGAGACCUCGCAUCCGUGGGCAGAGGUAGAGGUGGAGGAGCUGCCCUCGGACCAAAGGGGGCCUUCCAAAGUGCUCCCCCACUCCCAGCGUGCCCCCAGCAGCCUAAAGAUAGACAGAGCCUCUCAGGCCCCUAUCCCUCUGCCCACAACAAGGUGGGAGGAUGUAAUCCAGAUGCCCAUCUUGCAGACCCCCAUCUCAAAGAUGGAGGCCAGGGUGUCCCAAAAGCCCAAGAGAGGAUCUCAAGAGACCAUGGGGAUGCUGGACCAGCGCCCCCUGUCCAUGAUGGGGUCAUCCUUGGAGAUUCUCGAGCCCAAGCUCUUGGAAAUUGGGAGUAUGAAGGACAUGGCCAACAAGGUGGAGAAGACAAAGAAGGAACUGGGUGUCUUCAUGCCUUCGAGCAGGUACUUGGGGAGACAGGACCUCUGGAGUUAUCAGCAAUGAGGUGACAUGGUGGGGAUGAAGACCUGGACGGGGCAGGCUUAAGGGAGCACAGAAAAUGGAAUCACUGUGCCGCAAUCUUCGAAAACAUGAUGCUGAGUGAAAGGAGUCAGACACAAAUGACUACAUAAUGUGUGAUUCCAUUUGUAUGAAAUGUCCAGAACAGGCAAAUCCAUAG